AUGAUUUCAAUGUUGCAUAAGAUCGCUGAUGCAGCAUCAUUGAGCACAUUUAUUAAUGCUUGGGCUAGAACAAGUGCUCGUCUAGGGAAUAUUGAAGGUAUUCAUAAAGAAAAACAGCCCAUCAUUAUUCCUAGUAUUGACGCUGCUUUCCAUUUCCCUCCAAAUGAAGUACCUAGUGUUCUGCCAUUCAAAAUGAACUCAGAAGACAGUGAGAUCACUGCCGUUUGCAAAAUGUUUGUAUUUGAUUCAUCCAAAAUUGUUGCUCUUAAAGCCAUCGCUGCCAAUAAUUUACAUGUACCAAACCCGACGAAGGUGGAAUCAGUAACAUCGUUGUUAUGGAAGUGUGCUUCGAAGCUCAAGGGUAAGGCAGAUAAAGUAUCAUCAUCAAAAAACUCAAAACCAUUCAUGUUAUGUAUGGCUGUGAACUUACGCCAAAGGAUGAUGCCUCCAUUGCCUGACCAUUCUUUCGGGAACUUCAUUGCGCCUGCACUAGUAGGACUAUCGAACAAGCCAGGUGAUAUCGAGUUGCAUAAAUUGGUGGAAACUCUGAGAUCCUCGAUUAGGCAAAUCGAUGGCGACUACAUCAAAUAUGAAUUUCAAGUCAAUUAUGGACUGGUCAGGUCUCUGCAAUAUGUUCAUGAAAGGUUCAACAGAGAAGAGUUAGAAUUACACACAAUUACUAGUUGGUGUAGGUUUCCAUUUUAUGAAGCUGAUUUUGGAUGGGGUAAACCAACAUGGGUAUGUACUGUGAAUGCCACUGCUAAGAAUGUAUUCAUAUUAAUGGAUACAAGUGACGGGAACGGAGUAGAAUCAUGGGGAUGA